CGUAAGACGCGUCCAGCGUCCCGGUGAGCGGGACUUUGAUUCCUGAUCACAGACACCAAAAGUUUUGUAGCUUUCUCCAAUAGCUGCUUUUUGUUUACAAGACAUGGCUUUACAGGUCGAAGCUGAUUUACCACCCAGCCUUUCGUGUCUGAAAAAUGUUGAUGCCCUGCUUCGGUGUCCCAUCUGCUUCGAUUUCCUCAACAUUUCAAUGAUGACAAAAUGCUCUCACAACUUUUGCUCCUUGUGCAUCAGAAAAUUUCUUUGCUAUAAGUUGCUGUGUCCAGUUUGCAAUACACAAGCAACAGAACAAGAUCUUAGAAACAACCGUUUACUGGAUGACUUGGUCGUAAACUUUAAAGCUGCAAGGCAGCAGUUGUCAAAAGCACAGUUUGACUCCCCUCCAAUAUCACCAAAGACCCCAGCUUCAGCUGUCAAAUGCAAAACUCCCAGAGAGAGGGGCCAGAAACGUAACAGCUCUGUUUUGAGUCACUUUUUCCAAAAGAAGCCCAAAACAUCUCCCUCUGAAGAAACCCAGCGAGAUGGUGUUCAGCGGGAGAAAAUGCAGACUCCAAGCACCCACAAUGCAAAUGAUGCUGACCUACAUUCAGCAAAUGCUCAACUUCCAGUGGUUGUGAAGGAAGAGCCGACAGAUGUAGGGGUGGCAUCUAUCCAGGGAUUGAUGUCGGUCAAACAGGAGCCUGGAGUCUCACUCAGUAUCAGCACCGGGGUUGAGGUGGCGCAUUCCUCGUCGCCAUCAAAAGAUGUAAAGCCCGUAAUCAAAGUGGCGUGUCCAGUGUGUUCUGUAAGUGUGCCACAGCAUUUUAUCAACAAACAUCUGGACACGUGUCUUACCAGAGGAGAGAAGAAAGAAAGCUUGAGAAGCUCCCUUGACAAAAAGAGGCGCCCAAUGGCGAAGCUGGUUUACAACCUACUCUCCAUGCAGGAGCUGAAGCGGAGGCUCAAAGAGUGCCAUCUCUCAAUGCAGGGUUCUCGAGACCAGCUGAUCAAAAGACACCAGGAGUUUGUCCACGUAUACAAUGCCCAGUGUGAUUCCCUGAACCCAAAAUCAGCUGAAGAUAUUGCCAAAGAACUGGAGGCCAAUGAGAAGAUCAGAAAUCAGCUGCAGGGGAAAUCCAAACCUGUGAUGGUUUUUGCAAAGAAUCAGUCUGAGAAGGAGAUUGAUGAGAUGCAUUCAAAUUACAGGAAGCAGCACAGCAGUGACUUUUCCCGGCUGAUUGCCCAAGUUCGGGGUCGCCUAGAGACCACCAGUCAGCCUUGUAUUAAACAGGAAGUCAUUGUGGGAGGAGAGGAUGCACAAAUAACACACUCUGCAGAUCAUGUUGCAGAAGCAAAAAGCCGCUCAGUGAUUAAGGUGGAAGACAGAGAAUCUGAUGAUGACCUGUCUGCAAGAGGGAUUAAAUUGUCAUCCAGCCCCACUUACAGCGAUGUCUCCAUCAGCAGUUCCAUUUCCGACAUCUUUGGUCCAGAGCCGGCCAUAAACCCUGAAGACACAGAGAGGAUCUCAGUCCAAAAGCGAACAUCCAGCUCAAGAGGAGAUGAUGCAGCUUCAUCGCCUGUGAGUGGAAAACGACGGCGUAAAACUUAAGGAGAGAUGAAGGAAAGGUGGGAGAGAAAAAAACAUAUCUCCAAUCCAAUUAAAUUAACUUUUGACUGACUUUCAGAUAUAUCAAUGGUUAUCUUAAUGCACAUUUCUGUUUAGCGUUUAACAUUGUUUUUCUAAGCUGCACUAUUUGCAUAGUCAUGAUAUGAAUAAAUUACUAGUAUUAUAAUGUAUUUUGUAGUCCUGUGAUGCAUGAUGACCUGUAGUCUCUCACCAAAACCCAGUGAGAUGAUGAUGUGUUAUGGUCAUCAUCAACUAAUUGUUGCUUGUUAUUUUUUAAUUUACAGUAUGUUUUUUUUCUGUCUCACUCGUAGUAUUUUCUUUUACAUGUUUUGAGGUCCAAUGUAAUAUACAAGUUUAAAGUGAAAUAAACCUGUAGUUCUGUAGAGGCUUUGAACACAUUUUUGGGUUACACAAUCAAUUCAUAUUCCAACAUCAGCUGCCCAUGUCCACACAAAUAGGUGUCCGAAUUUUUGAGCUGAGGCUAAACUUUUGGACUUUUUCAAUGUCAUGUAACUAUUAGAUUUAGCAACUUUAUAAAUGAUUCCCAAAAAUCCA